UUUUCGCGAAAACGCAAAAGACUUGCGUUUCGAUGCAUUGAUAGAUAGAACGAAAGGUUAUAUGUACAUGUCCAUGAGAGGACGAACACCCCGCAUUACAACUCGACCCAAGAAAGGAGACCUAGUCUACGGGAGGAGCUGGCGGACACCCCGGGCUCCCGUGUUCGCCCACUGUCGCGCUUCGGUCUUGAUGUCGCCGAGCAAGGAAGGCACUGAAGGCUGUGCUUUGUCAAAGAUCGCAGCAUUCCGGUGCUUCCAGAUCCACCACGCCGUGAGCAUGACUAUCGAUGAUGUACCUUUACGCAACUGGCGAGGGGCGGUACGCACCACCUGCGACCACCACUCCGCGAAGUCCCCCUCUGAAGAAGGAGGUCCAGAGGUGGAUCGGAUCCACGAGAGGACCUCGAACCAGACCGUCCUGGAGAAUGAGCACCCAGUGAGAAGGUGCGUCAUAGUCUCCUCGGAUUGGUCACACAGCGGGCAUCUGGGCGCAUGUGGUAAACCCCGACGCGCCAGCCUCUCACCCGUCCAGCAUCUAUCAAGACAGGCCAACCAUAUGAAGAACUUCACCCUAGGGGGCGCCCAGGAUCUCCAGUUCAGCUCCCAUGAUGGUGAGGUGAUCCCCCCUGGAAGAGGGCCUCAUAGCAAGAAUGGGAGGUGUACUGGCCAUCCGUCGUCCAAACCCAAGUCAUCGUGUCCUGCUCCUCCGAGAGCUGGACAUCCCUCAGCCUGCUCCAUAAUUGCACAUAUUGCCAUAGUGCCAGGGCACUGGGUGCUCCAGCUAUGUCGGGAUCCAGGUGCAGUCUACCAGACGCACCGUACGCACCUUCCUGCGCCGUUUAGGGACCAGCGCAUACACCUCCGGCGCCAUCUCCUUGAUGGAACUGCCGCCCAACCAUCGGUCCUCCCAGAAGAGAGCGGACUCUCCAUUGCCAACCCUCAUCGAGGUGGAGGCCACAAAGAUGUCCAACUCCGCCUUCGAGAACUGCAUGUCCAGCCCACGCCACGGACGCAGGGGGUCAGUGCGCAUCCUCCACAGCCAACGCACCCGUAG